AUGUCUUCUCGGGGGUCGAUCUCUCGCCGACGACGCCGGUCUGAUGACGGCGAUGGUGACGAUGUGGGUAGUGUUAGUGAGAGAGCUUCCUCUGGGCCGAUGAGGGGUUCGCGCACGUCGUCGCAUCGCUCGGGCGAUAGUAAACGGCUACGAUUGAGUACUGAGGAGCCUGAUGUGGAAGACGAGAUGGUAGAGGUCGGAUAUGAGGUGGAGGGACAGGACUUUGGGGGUCGGGGGUCAGAGGAACUGGGGGAGGGCUCAGACGACGGUCAGGGCAUCCGGGAUGAGGAGCUAGAAGAGGAAGUUGAGGACGGGUCGGGCAAUGAGAACUUCAGCGAUCAGGAGGGUUCUACGACCAGCCAGGACGAGGAAAGGGAAGCAUCCAAAGAGACGGCCGAUGGCAACUACGAGUCCGCGAAGGACGACGGCCUGGACGAUAACGAGGCCCAAGCGGGAGCUGCAGAGGAAGUAGAAACUCUGGGCGAUGUACCACAAGAAGGGAACGAUGAAGCUUCUGAAGAGUCUGAAAACGCCGAAGAUAACACCGAAGUGAACCGUCCUUCGAAGUCGAUUUCUGAGCUUUCAAAAAAGAGCAGCGCUAAAGCCGCAACGCCGAAAUCAGCAACAAGCCGGAAUGGUUCGCAGAAUGGGAUCGCCCAGAAGAGGAGUGCUCGGGAGGCUACUGACGAUGAUCAAGAUAGCGAUACUGCAGAAUCAGAGAGCGCUGACCGUGACACCGAUGAGUACGCCGCGUCAAAUGCAGCAGGGUCCGGGUCUAGCAAGCACCCCAGCACUCAGACUGCAGGGACGGAAUCGACUUUAUCGCAGAGUGGUCUGCUUAAUGGAGGGCCGCAGGAAGCGUAUAAGCCAGGUGCUAUUGUGCGUAUUAGAGUGACGGACUUCGUAACCUACACGUCUGCGGAAUUCUUCCCUGGCCCAAAGCUGAAUAUGGUUAUCGGUCCGAAUGGUACCGGAAAGAGUACCCUUGUUUGCGCGAUAUGUCUUGGUUUAGGAUGGGGACCACAGCAUCUCGGACGUGCAAAAGACACGGGAGAGUUUGUCAAGCAUGGUUGUAGAGAAGCUACGAUUGAGAUCGAGCUGGCUGGAAAGCCGGGUUCUCGUCACAAUCCUGUCGUUUCUAGAACCAUCAAGCGUGACGGCAAUAAAAGCACGUUCACGAUCAACGGAAAACAGGCCUCCCGCUCCCAGGUGCUGAAGCUAGCACAAUCAUUCUCUAUCCAGAUUGAUAACCUCUGCCAAUUCCUUCCCCAGGAUAAAGUCGCCGAAUUCGCAGCUCUGACACCAAUAGAGUUGCUCAAUUCAACCCAAAGAGCCGCUGCUGGCGAGGAAAUGAUCGAAUGGCAUGAGAACCUGAAGCGUCUGAGAGCGGAGCAAAAGAAGCUGCAAGCGGACAACCAAGGCGACCGUGACACUUUGACGAACCUUGAGGAUCGGCAAGAAAUGCAAAGAGCCGACGUUGAGCGGAUGCGCCAAAGGGCUCAGAUCAAGAGAAAAAUCGAGAUGUUGGAGAUGGCCCGUCCUGUUCUACAGUAUAAACAGGGACACGAGAGGUAUAAUAAUAUGAGAAGGGAAGUUAAAAGAAUCGAACGCGAACUUGCGCGACUCAAAGAGGAUCUCGAGCCUGCUUUAAGAUCCGUCAAUGCGAAGCAACAGUACUGUCUCGAAACGGACGAGGUUAUCAAGUAUAAAACGCGUCGUCUAGAGGAAGCCGAGCGUGCGGCUUCCGACGCUGGCCGAACAAUUGAACAACAUGAGCGGGAGAUAAAGGGAUUUGACGAUGAGAUCAAUGCCGAGAAAGAGGGCGGGCAAGGCUAUAGGCAAGAAGCAACUAAGAUUCAGCAAAUGAUAAACAAGCUCACACGUCAGUUGAAUGAGAAACCUGACGACUUCGAUGUGGAGUGGUAUAACGAGCAAAUAAGAGAAAAACGACGAGAAAUCAGGGAAAUUGAGGAAAAGGCGGCCCAGAUCAAAAGCGACCGACGACCACUUUUCGAAAGCUUGAAUGUGAAAGCCGAUCAGAUCAAGCAGGCAGAACGUCAGUUACAAAACUUGGAAUCCCAGGCUGGACAGCAAGAGAACAAGCUUGGACGACUCUCUGCGGAUUCCGUUCGCGCCUAUCAUUGGAUCCAACAAAACCAAGACAAGUUUGAAAAGGAGGUUUUCGGUCCUCCAGUGGUUACAUGCUCAAUCAAAGACCCAAAGUACGCCGACGCUGUUGAGUCCUUCUUGCAGCGCACGGACUUCAUGGCCUUCACUACGCAAACCCGGAAUGACUUCAGGACCUUGCAGAGGAUACUCUGCGGCGAACAGAAGUUGACUGAUAUUAGUAUUCGAACAUGUUCCACACCACUAGAUAGACUUCAGCCUUCUGCAGCCGAGGCUGACGAAUUCCGCGAAUUCGGAUUUGAGUGCUGGGCAAAGGAUUGUCUCAGUGGACCAGAUCCAGUUCUGGCUAUGCUCUGUAGCGAAAAGGGCCUCCACCAGAUACCCAUUAGUCAUGCAGACAUGGCAGACAAUGAUUUCGAACGCUUGAAAACGGGUCGCUUAAUUUCCUGGGUUUCUGGAAGGCUGAACUAUACGGUUAUGCGGCGAAGGGAAUACGACGCAAUUUCCUCCCGGCUUAGGCCUCUGAGGCCAGCUAAAUUCUGGACAUCACAACCAGUGGAUGCAUCAGAGAGACAAAGAGCCACGCAGAAGAUCCGUACACUGAAAGGCGAAGUGCAGGAGGUGCAAGAGCAGAUAAAUAGUGAAAAGGCCAGGCUUGAACAACUUGGUCAUAAGCACACUGAACUCAAACAAGAGCAGAGCGAGCUUGAGCGGGAGAAGGGAGAAAAGCAGACAGCUCUAACACAAUUCAGGGCUAUUCCGGAGAGAAUACGCCAGCAAGAAGCGAGGCAGAAGGAAAACCAGAAAAUGUUCGAGCAGAUGAGAACGCGAGUCGCCAACCUCCGUACUGAGCAAGAUCAGGCAUCCCUCCGCAAGGCAGAGGCCGUCAUUGAAUAUGCUAACGCCGUUGAAAACUUCCAAAAAAUUCAUGAAGAAGUCAUCAAGCUGAAAGUGCGGCACAUCGAAGGUGUCUCAGACCUAGAAGUCUUGAAAGCUCGGAACGUCGAACACCGGCAGACGCUUGAAGCCAAGCACAAUGAAUUGAAAGAGGCGAAUCAGGAAAUCAAAGACAUAGGAAAAACGGUCAAGAAGCUCCAAGACGACGCCGUGAAGGUCGCCAAUCUUUCCCAGCAACAGCCCGACCUAGCCGAACUAUUACACACGAUUAAAGAUAUGACAAUGGAGCAGUUCGAGGCCGACAUUGACUCCGAAAAGGCUCGUCUCGAACUCACCCACGGCGGAAACAGUAACGUGAUCAAAGAAUUCGAAGAACGUGGACGUCAAAUCGACAAGCUGCGUGACAAACUCGCCGACUUCCAGAAAAAGCUGGACGACUACAACCACGCCAUCAAUGAAAUCCGCGGCCGCUGGGAACCCAAGCUUGACUCAAUCAUCAAAAGCAUCAGCGACGCUUUCUCCGACUCGUUCGCCCGCAUCGGCUGCGCCGGCCAAGUCACCCUGGACAAGGCCGAAGAGGCUGGUCCGAACGGCGAACCAGGUGACAGCGACUUCGACCAAUGGUCAAUUCAAAUCCACGUCAAAUUCCGCGAACACGAAAACCUUUCCCUGCUGGAUUCGCACCGUCAGUCCGGUGGUGAACGCGCCGUCAGCACCAUCUUCUACCUCAUGGCCCUCCAAUCUCUCUCAGCAUCCCCCUUCCGCGUGGUCGACGAAAUCAACCAGGGUAUGGAUCCCCGAAACGAGCGCAUGGUCCAUGGCCGUCUGGUCGAUAUAGCCUGCGCCCCGUCUGAAACCGGCGGCGGCGGCCAGUACUUCCUGAUCACACCCAAGCUACUCAGCGGUUUGGCUUACAAGCCAGGAAUGCGCGUCCUCUGCAUCUACAGUGGCGAGCACAUGCCCGAAGACUACAACCUGAUCGACUUCAAGGGAGCCAUUGCCAAACGGAAGGCCGUGACAGGGAGGAGGACCACCAUGGGACCUGCUGCCAGUACAGGUAGCGUAAGCGUUCAUGGUUGA